AUGGAAGACAACGCCGAGCUCGAAUCAUUCCGCCGUGAGUGGCGCGAGGAGGUCUUUCGUCGAUCGAAGCCUAGGUCUACCCCUCGUGCUGCCCAAGCUGCCCCAUCUGCCCCGCCACCGACACGUCUCCCACCGACUCGUCAUGCCUUGGUAGACCGCAAGGACCUCGAGGAGGAGGGGCCUCCGCCUACCUCGUUCGACCCGGAGGAACUGGCCCAGCAGGUUGGGGAGCUGAGGGUGCAACCAGAAGAGGAAGUAGACGGCGAUGGUUUUACUCGCCGCGACACGAUAGAGCCCAGCACCGCGUUGGAGCACUUUGAACGUGCGGUCGAGAAGGAAGCUGCUGGUAAGCUGGGUGACAGUCUUCAGCACUAUCGUAAAGCAUACCGUCUGGACGCUGCGGUCGAUAAGCAAUACCGAAACAAGCACUACGCCCAUGUAUGGAAGAAGCCCGCACAACCGCCUACUGACCAACCCUCUACUGUCUCUGUGACUGCGCCAGCGCCUGCCGAGGCAGAGAUACUUUCUACACCCGAAUUGAUCGCAUCUUUCGCACACCUGCCCAUCGCACAAGCAGAUCCGAUAAUCGAAAAUACUCCUCCUCCGCCGUGCCCCAUCUCUAAAGUUCCAUCGGAGGUGAUUGUGGAGAUCCUACACUAUGUGGGACUGCAAGAUCCAGCGGCUUUUGGCCGAAUGGCCUUGGUAUGCAAGCGAUUUGCGUACCACUUUGCACAUGAACAACAGCUUUGGAGGCGGAUUUGCCAAUCGCCAGAGUUUGGAUUUGAGGGCAUGCACUACACCUUUGCCUGUGAUCUCCACGGACAUCCGAUAUUCACCCUCAGCGGCACACGAUACACGCCGUUCCCAAUAGACACCCCAGUAGAGAUCCCGAAACCUUUCUUUUCAUGGAGUGAAGUGUUCCAGUCAUACCCGCGAAUCCGCUUCACCGGAUGCUAUAUCAGCACUGUCAACUACACCCGGGAGGGUGCCGCAUCCUCCUUCCAGACCGUGUCCUGGAACAGCCCUAUCCACAUUGUGACAUACUACCGCUAUCUGCGAUUCUACCCAGAUGGCUCUGUAGUAUCACUUUUGUCUACGACUGAACCUGUCGACGUUGUUCCGUAUAUCAGCAAAGAGAACAUGAUGGCCGCACGAGCCACGCACAAAAAGGGCCAUCAACGUCAAAUCUCUGACGUUGGCCAGACAUUAUCCGGAGCUGCCGAUCCCGUCCCACCAGUUGCCCAAGCUGCGCUGAAAUAUGGCCGCCGUGGCCGCUGGCGCCUGACAUCGCCCGACCCCAUCCCCGAGUCUGAAGACCAGCCCGAACAAACACCAUCACAUAACGAGCCUUCUACCGACCCUCGCGAUGUUGUCAUAGAGACAGAGGGCGUCGACCAUAAAUAUGUCUACACAAUGCUCAUGACCCUGAGGUCUACAUCUUCCACAAAGUUGGAUGUGAAUCCUGCGAAGAAUACCAAGCUCACUUGGCGCGGUUUCUGGAGCUACAAUAAGCUCACUGAUGACUGGGCCGAAUUUGGUCUUCGGAAUGAUCGUGCCUUUGUCUUCCGUCGGGUUCGGGGUUGGGGCCUUUCAUAA